GGUAAUCCCAAAUAGAAAGCUUCACCCUGCAGCCUACAGGCUUUACAUGGAACUCCUCAAGAGAUAUGUUUUGCCUUUCUCAUCUGAAAUCACAGGGUCAAACUAUCAGAAGAACAUGAAAUCCAUAGAUGGUGUCCUCAAUCUCUCUCACAUCUUUGGGGCCCAUGCCUAUGAACCUGGGCUUCUUCUGGUUGAAUUUGUCUUCUCAAUUGUGUGGCAGUUACUUGAUGCAUCCUUAGAUGAUGAAGGACUGCUGGAACUUACUCCAGAGAAGAAAUCAAGGUGGCCAACUGGCCCAGAAGACAUGGAAAUAGAUGGUCCUGAUAGCUUUAAUGGGAAGAGAACUGAGAAUUAUGAGGUGCUGUGUGGAGCAAAUAGUACAAUGGCUAUUGAGAUUGUUGGAGAAUUCCUGCAGAAUAAAAUAACUUCGAGGAUUCUUCACUUGGCAUGUCAAAACAUGUAA